AUGGAUUCAAAAAAUCUCGUCAAAAUAAUUUUACUUGAGGACGAAGAAGAAGAUGAAGAAGUGAUAUUAUGGUGGUCUAAAUCACCUGGAUACAAACGAACAAAAUUUCGUGAAUUUUUUCGUUUAAAUAAGAAACAGUUCCAGUUUGUUCUGAAUAUAGUAUCGACAGAUUUAAAGAAAAAAUCCACAAAUACCGUUCACGACCCUAUAUCUCCGGAAGAAAAGUUGGCAUUGGCGUUAAGGUUUUUAGCCACCGGAGAGACCUUCAAGUCACUCUCGUUUGCUUUCCGUAUUUCACCGAGCUACAUCUCCGUACUUAUUCAAGAAACAUUAGAAGUACUCAGUAAACAUUUGGUCCCAAUAUUUUUGCCCCCACCAAAUGCAACCGAUUUGAAGAAAAAUGCAACGGAAUUUUGGAGCAAAUGGAAUUUUCCCAACUGUGUUGGUGCUGUUGACGGAAAACAUAUUCGAAUUUUUUGUCCACAAAAAAGCGGUUCACUAUUUUUUAAUUAUAAAGAAUAUUUUUCUAUGGUCUUGCUUGGAGUAGUAGAUGCAAAUUGUAAAUUUGUAUUUGUUGACGUCGGCGCGUAUGGAAAGGAAGGGGAUAGUAGCAUAUUUAUGAAAUCUGACAUGGGAAAACAAAUAUAUUCUGGUCAGUUGUUUGAACCAGGUGUAAAUCUUCCAGGUUCAAAUAGACUAUUGCCAUACGUUAUUGUCGGUGAUGAAGCGUUCCGAUUACAUCCCCAUGUGAUGAAACCGUAUAGCAAACAAGCGGCUAAAGGCGAUAAAGAGAAAACUGUUUUCAAUUAUAGAUUGAGUAGAGCCAGAAGAGUGUCUGAAAAUGCCUUUGGAUUGUUGUGUCAGAUUUUUCGAAUUUACUACACUCCGAUUGCCAUUAAGCCAGAAACGUGUGAUAAACUCAUACUUGUAACUUGUUGCUUGCACAAUCUUCUGAGAGAUGCAUUUUUGGAAAAAAAUAAUCAGCCUUAUUACAACUACGAUGUAAGUUUGAAUCUACCAGAUAAUAUAACCCCGUUGAGAAAUGCUGGAGGAUUUGCAAAUGCGGAUGGUUUUGCAAUAAGAGACGAAUUCGCGAAUUUUUUCGUCCAAGAAGGGGCUUUAAAUUGGCAGGACGACCGCAUAUUUAGACUAAGCAGUUAA